UAUAACGUAUGGAGUGAGUGUAAACCCUCACCGGCCCGCCGGGCUUUUCCUAAUUUUACGCCGAAAAAGUGGAUUUUUCUACAGUUUCCUCUAUUUAUUCGAACGAGAAAUUAAAUUAGGCUGGACAGUGAAGCUGUGUGAUAAUGGUAAAUGUUGUGAAAGGCGUCCUAGUGGAAUGUGACCAGGCUAUGAAGCAAUUUCUCCUUCACUUGGAUGAGACAAUGGCCCUUGGAUGUCGUUUCAUCAUCCAGAAUCUGGAUGAUACCCACCUGUUUAUCUCUGCAGACAUUUUAACUACUCUCCAAUCUAGAAUUGAUGAUCUUAUGGAUCAAGUGAGUUUCCCACUGGUAGAGAAAGACGCUUAAUAAGUUUGUCAAGAUAUCAACAUGGCAUCCAAG